AUGCUACAUGCCAGGCCGCCUAAAGCCAGGCGGCUUUGUGCCCAUGUAAAACAUAUCGGUUUUUUAUUGCUACUCGGACUUGCUGGUCCCGUUGGCAGCAACGGCCAAGACUUGCUGUCAAUUGUUUGCAGCUUGCGUUCCCUGCGCGGGACUGCCUGCACCUUGCUGUUUGGAAAGAAUGUCCUGAUCAUCCAUCCACUGCAACCCAGGAAGCCCUUCGCACGCAUCCUGGACCGCGCGAAGCUGCUGCUUCCCAUUGUGUCGGAUGCAGUGUAUCGCGUCCUCACUGGAGCUGAAGCUGGACAUGCUGUGACCGUGGGCUGCUGGUGCAGGAACGGUCGUCUCAAGCGAGUCAGUGCAGAGCCCAACGAAAUGGCGGAGGCGGACAAGGAUCGACGCUCCCGCAUGGCCGUAUCUACAGUUAAUGCUCCCCCGAAGAAAGGCGGAGCUGGCGGAUCCUUCACUUGGGGAUCGGAGAAGGAUGGCACCAUGGACUUUGAUGCCAGUCGGCUACAGCAACCAGUGAAGGUGAUCACCGCAGCAGCUCCUGUUCAAGUACAGGCUGCGGCAGCCCCGUUCACAGCGAACUUGGCGAGCUCGCAGCAAUUUCCCUCGUUGGGAAGUCGGCCGGUUCAGGCUCCUGCUGCGGCCUGGGGCCGACCACUCUACCAAACCACGGCGGCGCCCGCAGUGAUCCCUGCCGCCAGUGCGACUUCAGUGGCCCCCGUGGUCCAAGCAGCUGCUGCCCCGCAGCCCGUGACAACCACUCGAGUCAUCACGGGCAUGGCGCCGGCAGCAUACACAGCGCAGGCAGCUCCGGCCGCCGCCUAUGCCGCCCCUGUUUCCUAUCCCUACCCUGCAGUCCCAGCCGGAACCCCAGUGGUGCGGACCAUCGUGAAGGAAGUCCCGGAGAAAGAUCGACGUUCCCGGAUGGCCAUCUCGACCGUUCACCAGGCGCCCAAGAAGGGAGGUGCAGGAGGAUCCUAUGUCUGGGGUACUGCCGGCGAUGUUCAGGACUAUGAUCCGGCCCCGGUGACGGAGUCAAAGGUAAGCAUUGCCCCUGCCCAAAGCAUCACCCAAGCGGGCCCCGUCAGCCCCUUCACAGCAAACGUGGCAAGCUCCCAGCAGUUCCCAGCUCUGAGCUCCAACACGCCAUCGGCAUCUCCGACCAUUUGGCACACCCAGCCAGCCGCCAUUAAAGAAGCGCCGCCAGCACCGGCUCCGGCCGUUCCAGCAGCAUCUUCCCCUGGGUUGGUUCCUUCGCCAGCGCCCGCAGCGACCGGACCCCCCGCAGCAACGGGCUCCCCCGUUUUGGCGCCAGCUCCGGUGCCGACUCCGGGUCCGGUCACGUCGCUUGAAGCUCCAGAGGAGGCCGAGACAAAGGCCAAGGAGGGGAAGGAGGGCUCCAAUUGCACCAGUGCAGACACUUGGCUCGAAGCGAUGCCGCGCCAAGUGUGCCUCACUCCAGGCGGACGUGCCGGGCGCAAGAUGCACGCCGCACUGGUGGCGGCCACUUUGGCCAUGUGCCUUUGGCAAGGUUCCGCAGACUUGUCGUCCUGCUCUGCCGGAGGCCAACAGAUUGUAAUCCCGGAGAAGUCGGCGUUUGAGUCGAUGGCCUCUGUGCUGUCCGCGCUGGUGAACCUCUGCACCAUCGGGGUGAUGGUGUACCUUGUCGGCAAGCUUUCGUCCAUGAAUUUUCAGGCUGGGCCUGAAGCCACUUUGAGAGAACAAGUGGAAAUGGCCCGGCAAGUUUCCCACCCGGCCAAGGAGUUAGGACCCAACGCCUACGAGGUCAGCACUGCGGAUGGCGCCACGUCGACCGUGCUUCAGCCGAAGAGGGGUUCGGUCGUUAUUGUCAAAGACUCGCCCGACGCGGUGAAGGCCAUGAAGAACGUUUUCAUGCGGUUAUGCACGACGACGAACGAGAUGAUCUCGGUCAACGAUGUUAUGAAGGUGCACAACUUGCUGGGCGAGCCAAUGGAUGACGAGGACGAAAAGAAGAUGAUGACCUUCUUUGACACACAGUCCAAGACGAAGGUGUGCAUUAGCUUCGACUCCUUCAUGGCAUGGUGGAAUGAGCUACAUGACGUCGGCGCGGAUCCGGACAAGUACUACUCACAGGAGCGUUAUCGACAGCGCUUCAAGGUGCUCCAGUCACGCCUGAAAGAGCCCACAAUCGCUUCCAUCAACUCUGUCACGGAGGGGGAGGUCGGCUCUCGACGAUUCCGCGUUUGGUUCGAAAGUGAUGGGACGCGCUUGUCCCCGUGGCAUGACAUCCCUCUCCGAAACCCAGACGGCUCGUACAAUUUCGUUUGCGAAAUCCCGAAGUGGACGAGAAAGAAGUACGAGAUCGCCACCGGAGAAACCAUGAAUCCCAUCAAGCAGGAUGUGAAGAAUGGUGUCCUUCGAGAAUACAAGUGGGGCGACAUGCUCUUCAAUUACGGGGCCUUCCCGCAGACCUGGGAAGAUCCGAAGCACGUUAGUGAGGAGACUGGAUUCCCAGGCGACAACGAUCCUAUUGAUGUGAUUGAGCUUGGCACUCGGCAACGACCUGUCGGUUCAAUCACUCGUGUGAAGAUCCUCGGUGUCAUCGCAAUGAUUGAUGAUAACGAGACGGACUGGAAGGUGCUUACAAUUGCGAUGGACGAUGACAGGUCGCAGAACGUGAAUGACCUGAACGACAUCGACGCGCACAUGCCCGGCUGCACGCAGGCCCUCACCGACUGGCUCCGAAUGUACAAGACGGCAGAGGGCAAAAAGGAGAACAAGUUCGGCUGCGGCGGCAAGCCACAGGGUGCAGCGUUCGCACGGCAAGUUGUGGAUGAGUGCCACGGCGCAUGGCGAAAGCUGCUAGCUGCUGCAGAUGAGAAAGGAAAGUUCCGGAUUUUCCUAGCGUUCUGCUUGGACUUUCCUGGCAGUUUUCCGAGAGUUCUGCGAUCUGUGGGCGUGAGAGCACAGGAAAAGGUGAGUCAAAUGUUGAAGCUAUUCUACGGCCCGGGUGCCGGAAUGCUGCCACGCCCAGGUGACUGGUUCUGUGGCCAUUGCCGAGCUAGAAACUGCAGAGAUCGAUGGUUUUGUUGGCGGUGUGCACCUGCUGGCUCGGUGGGAAGUCCCAUGACGACUCCCGGCACGCUGCGGGUUCUGGACAGUUUCUCUUAUCCGUCCAAGUGGGACUGGGGCUGCACGCGCUGUGCAGCCGCACUUUGUGGCUACGAGCAUAAGUGCUCGUAUUGUGGCGCCGACCGACCUUGUCCGAACUUCCCAAAGUGA